AUGGCCGACAUAUUCGCUAUGGACGGGGACAUCCCAGAGAUUCUCGAAGAUCCUCCACCAGAUAGAUCAUUAAACUAUAGAGUGGUCGAGGAUGAUAAUAUUGUAGACUACGAUGAGAGCGAAGAAGACGAUUCUGUAGUAAAUGAGUUGCCCUUGCCUAUCGCUAUUAGGCAGACAAGAAGGAACUCAACCGCUACAUCGGUGCCCUCGCUGCUUGACAUUGAUCUCCUCCUGAAGUCGUUCGUACUGGCAGCUUCGAUAAAGAAUAGCAAUAGUACAUCAAUACCCUACAAGCCAAAAUUGUCCGACUUCGAGCCCAUCAAAGUACUUGGGAAGGGCUCCUACGGAAAGGUUUUACUUGUAAGGGAAAAGUCCACGGGUUUGUUAUAUGCCCAGAAGCAAAUGAAUAAGUUGACUUUGAUCGUGGACGAAGGUGGUAUUCCAUCUUCAAUUGAAAAUGAGAAUGGCAAAGGCAGUGGCAGCAAAAUUAAUACUGUAAAUUAUCAGCGUACCCUUAACGAACGCUCAAUCCUAGAGAUGGUUUCUCACCCUAACAUUGUCAAGCUUUACUACGCCUUCCAGGACAAUAAUAAAGUAUACUUGAUCCUAGAGUAUUUGUCUGGAGGAGAGUUGUUUGGGCACUUGUCUCAGCUAAACUACCUAAAUGAGACCCACGCGUCGUACUACAUUGCACAAAUCAUAUUGGCAAUAAGGUAUUUACAUGAGAAGCUAAAUGUGAUAUAUAGAGAUUUGAAGCCAGAGAAUUGUAUGUUGAAUGCCCUGGGUAAUUUGGUUUUGACAGAUUUCGGUUUAUCUAAGGUUUCUGCCAAGGACCUGCAGAACAAGUCAAUGAUAGGUACUCCUCAGUACAUGGCACCGGAGGUACUUAAGGGUGAAUCUCAUAACUAUUUAGUGGAUUGGUGGUCCUUGGGCUGUGUUGCAUUUGAUAUGCUUACUGGCUCGCCUCCUUUCACUGGAAACAACAACAAGAAAAUUAUGGACAAGAUUAUUCAAAGUAAGAAGUUUUUGAAAUUUCCCUACUAUCUUUCAAAUGACGCUAAAGAGUUUCUUAGGAAAGUUUUGCAGUCUAAUCCUGAUAAAAGAUUAGAUAUUGACAAUGAUUUUGAAACUGUCAAGAAGUUAAGAUUCUUUAGGCAUGUAAACUGGAAACAAAUUGAAGAAGAAGCUCAUUUGGGCGCUUCUUCCAAUGUAUUACCCCCAAUUUUACCAUUAAUAACAGAUCCAAUAUUGGCAGAGAAUUUUGAUGCUGAAUUUACUUCUAUGACCUUCACUCCUCCAUCAAGCGUUGAGAAGGACAUUUUACAUGUCAAAGGCUUUUCGUAUAUCAAUGAAAAUUACUUAGAAAUGAUAAAGAGUCAGACUUCACUUAAUUCGCCUGAACCUACUUUUUAA